AUGUCGCUCGUUGAAGAGAAGCACGAAUGGAGCGCCGCUCGCGUGCGCCAGACGUUUCUCGAUUACUUCAAGGAGCGCGGCCACACUUUUGUGCCCUCGUCGUCUGUUGUCCCCCUUUCCGACCCGACUCUCCUCUUCACCAAUGCGGGCAUGAACCAGUACAAGUCCAUCUUCCAAGGCACCGUCGACCCCUCAUCCGACUUCGCACAGCUCAAGCGCGCCGCCAACUCGCAAAAGUGCAUUCGCGCGGGCGGAAAGCACAAUGACCUCGACGAUGUCGGCAAGGACAGCUACCACCACACCUUCUUCGAGAUGUUGGGCAAUUGGAGUUUUGGCGACUACUUCAAGAAGGAGGCCAUAGGCUUCACCUGGGAAUUGCUCACAGGCGUCUAUGGCAUCGAUCCCCAGAGACUAUAUGUUACGUACUUUGAGGGUGCAGACGGUCUAGAGCCUGAUCUGGAGGCAAAGGAGCUGUGGAAGAGUGUCGGUGUCCCCGAGGACCACAUUCUACCAGGAGAUAUGAAGGACAACUUCUGGGAGAUGGGUGACCAGGGCCCAUGCGGUCCUUGCUCAGAGGUUCACUACGACUUGAGGGAGCCAGAGGGUGGCAAGUACAGAAAUGCUGCUUCGCUCGUCAACAUGGACGACCCCGAGGUCAUUGAGAUCUGGAACAACGUCUUCAUGCAGUACAACCGCGAACCCGACCGAUCACUACGACCGCUGCCGAACAAACACAUCGACACUGGUAUGGGAUACGAGCGCUUGGUCUCAGUCCUCCAACACAAAAAGUCAAAUUACGACACCGACGUUUUCACACCACUAUUCAAGAAGAUACAGGAGAUUACAGGUGCUCGGGAAUACAGGGGCAAGUUUGGUGCUGAAGACCCAGAUGGCAUUGAUACCGCAUACCGAGUCGUCGCCGACCACGUCCGCAUGAUGAGCUUCGCCAUUGCCGACGGUGGUGUGCCGAACAACGUCGGUCGCGGAUACGUCGUACGCCGAGUCCUACGGAGAGGUGCUCGAUACGCACGCAAAUACUUUGAGACGGACAUUGGCGACUUCUUCUCCAAGAUUGUUCCCACACUGGUCGAGCAGAUGGGCGACAUGUUCCCAGAAAUCAAGAAGAAGCAACAAGACAUUGUCGAGAUUCUGGAUGAGGAGGAAAAGGCCUUUGCAAAGUCGCUAGACCGCGGUGAAGUCAUCUUCGAAAAGUAUGCGCAGAAAGCAAAGGUCAAGGGCUCAGAUGCUCUACCCGGAGACGAUGUCUGGCGGUUGUACGACACCUACGGUUUCCCUGUCGAUCUGACCAAACUCAUGGCCGAGGAGCGAGGACUCAAGAUUGACGACAAGGAGGUUGAGGAGGCGCAAGAGAAGGCUCGUGAGGCAAGUAAGGGUGACAAAAAGGCUGCUGGUGCACUCGUCAAGUUCGAUGUACACGACUUAGGUGCGCUCGAGAACAUGCCCGAUGUCCCCAAGACCGACGACUCUGCCAAGUACGGCCGCGAGAACAUAACCAGUGUCAUCAAAGCGAUAUACCACAACAAGAAGUUCCUCAAGAGCACAAAAGAAGUUCCAGAGGGCGAGCAGUUUGGUGUCUUGCUUGACCGGACAAACUUCUAUGCUGAGCAGGGCGGUCAAGAGUACGAUAUGGGAAAGUUGGUAGUGGAUGGCGAGGCCUGUAUCGACAUCACCAACGUUCAAGUUUAUGCUGGUUACGUACUUCACACUGGCUACCUCCAGGACGGAGAGUUGAGCGUAGGCAGCGAGGUCAUUGCCGAGUUUGACGAGUCGCGGAGACAUCCCAUCCGCAAUAACCAUACUGGUACACACGUUCUCAACUACGCACUUCGAGAAGUCCUUGGAAACGAGGUCGACCAGAAGGGCUCGCUUGUCGCACCAGAGAAGCUGCGCUUCGAUUUUUCCCACAAGGCUGGUCUAUCAGAAGCGGAACUGGACAAGGUGGAGAGCAUUUCGUCAAAGUACAUCAAGGAAGACGCAAAAGUGUACGCAAAGGAUGUGCCACUUGCCUCUGCGAAAGAGAUCCGAGGUGUACGUGCCGUCUUUGGUGAGACAUACCCCGACCCAGUACGCGUCGUCUCUGUCGGUGUACCCGUUGAAGAGCUCCUCGCCGACGUCAAGAACGAAAAGUGGGAGAAACUAUCAAUCGAGUUCUGCGGCGGCACCCACGUCCUCAAAACCGGUGAGAUUAAAGAACUCGUCAUCCUCGAAGAAUCCGGCAUUGCAAAGGGCAUCCGUCGAAUCGUCGCCGUAACAGGUCAAGAAGCCUACAGAGUCCAACGCCUUGCCACGCAGUUCCAGGAACGCGUAGAAGCCAUGGGCAAAAUGCCUUUCGGUCCCCAAAAAGAAGCGGAAGCAAAGAAAAUUGGCGUCGACCUCAACAACCUCACAAUCUCUGCCCUCGCAAAAGCUAAACUCCGCGACCAAUUCGCUAAGAUCCAGAAGAGCAUGCUCGAUGAGCAAAAGGCUGCUGCCAAGGCAGACAACAAGCGUGUCAUGGACGAAGUGAACAAGUUCUUUGAAGACGAGACCAAGAAAUUCAUGGUCAAGAAAUUGGACUGGUCCAGUAACGUCAACAAGGCUAUCAGUGAGGCUAUAAAGACUAUCUCGGGCCCCAAGAGUGCGCUCAAGGAUCGCUCGUUGUAUCUUUUCUCUGCUAGUCCAGAGGAGGGCAAGGUGGUGCAUGGGUGCUAUGUUAGUGAGCCGUUCAAGAAUGCGGGCGCUGAUGGACCCAAGUGGGCUUCUGCUGUUACGCCUAUUAUCGGUGGUAAGGCCGGAGGCAAGCCCGGUGCGCCGACUGCCAUUGGUCAGGGUACCAAUGCAGACAAGGUGGAUGAGGGUGUUGAGGAGGCGAGGAAGUGGAUUGAGGGGCUGAAGAUUUAGAUGAUGGGGUUUGCCGCUGGGAGGGAGUGUGUGUGAUGUGGUAGAUUAGAUGAACGAAAUACGAUUCAUGAAUGUUCAA